AUGACUGAAGAUGAAAAUCAACCAUUAUUAGAUGAAAGUGGUCGACAUCAUACCUAUACAUCUCUUAAUGCUUAUAUCACAACAAAUGAUAAUCAUGAACGUACAGGUUCACAUACAACUUUUGCUACUGGUGAAAAAUUAAUAUCCGGUCGUUAUGAAUCACUUGAUUAUGAAUGUGAUGAAAGUGAAAUAUCUCAUAUGGAAGAAAAACGUUUAGGUCAUCAACAUACACGUCGUUUAGCUGUUUUAAAAUGGGUGAUUAUGUUAUUAAUUGGUAUUUGUACUGGAUUAGUUGCUGUAUUUGUGGAUUUUGCUGUAAAAAAUUUAACAAAAUUUAAAUUUAGUUAUGUACAAAAUAGAUUAGAUACAUGUUUAUCUGAACAUUGUUUAUUUACACCAUAUUUAACAUGGAUUGCUAUUAAUAUGAGUUUUGUACUUGUUUCCGGUUUACUUAUUCUUUGGGAGCCAGCUGCACGUGGUUCAGGUAUUCCACAAGUUAAAUGUUAUCUUAAUGGUGUAGCUGUUCCACAUGUACUUAGUUUAAAAGCAUUGAUUGCAAAAGUAUUAGGUGUGAUAUUUUCUGUAUCGGGUGGAUUAGCUGUUGGAAAAGAAGGACCAAUGAUACAUUCCGGUUCCAUUAUUGCUGGUGGAAUUUCCCAAGGAAAAAGUAGUACAUUAAAAUUCGAUUUUCAUAUUUUUAAACAUUUUCGUACUGAUAAACAUAAACGUGAUUUCGUCUCGGCUGGUGCUGCUGCUGGAGUUGCUGCAGCUUUUGGUGCUCCGGUUGGUGGUGUUUUAUUUGCUCUCGAAGAAGGUGCUAGUUUUUUUAAUCAACAAUUAACAUGGUUCAUUUUUUUUGCAUCUAUGGUGUCAACAUUUACUUUAAAUGUUGUUAUGAGUGCAAUUGAUGGUCAUUUUGGUGAUUUAUCAUCACCCGGUUUAAUUAAUUUUGGUCUUUUUAAAGAUGUUCCUUAUAUGUGGUUUGAAUUACCUAUAUUUAUUUUAAUGGGUGUUAUGGGCGGAGUAUUUGGAGCUUUAUUUAAUGAAUUAAAUUUACGUUUAACGAAAUUUCGACAUCAUUAUAUAAAUAGACAUUGGGUAUUAAUUAUUGAAGUCUUACUUGUCGCAGCGACAACUGUUGUUAUAGCUUUUGUAUUAAUAUUUACAACAAUGAAUGAAUGUCGACCGAUUAAAACUCAAGUCGAACUUAAUUCACCUACAAUACAAUUAUUUUGUCCUGAUGGACAAUAUAAUACAAUGGCAACAAUUGUUUUUAGUACACCGGAAAAUGCAGUUAGAAAUCUAUUUCAUAGUGAAAUAGGAACUUAUAAAGCCUGGAGUUUAUUAGCGUUUUGUAUUGUUUAUUUUUGUUUAACUUGUUGGACAUAUGGUAUUAUAGUUAGUUCCGGUCUUUUCAUUCCAAGUCUUUUAAUUGGUGCUUCAUGGGGUCGAUUAGUUGGUAUUGGUAUGCAUAAUUUAUUUCCAUCUAUAUAUUUUAAUCCUGGAAAAUAUGCUCUUUUUGGAGCUGCAUCACAACUUGGUGGAAUUAUGAGAAUGACAAUCAGUCUUGCAGUCAUUUUAAUCGAAGCUACUGGUGAUAUUGUACUCGGUUUACCUAUUAUGAUUGUAUUAACAGUGGCGAAACUUACGGGUGAUUAUUUUAAUGAAGGAUUUUUUGAUAUACAUAUUGCUUUACAAAGUGUACCUUUCUUACCAUGGCAAUCGGAAGUAUUUUUAUCUCGUCUUUCAGCUUUAAGUGUAAUGUCAGCACCAGUAACAAAACUUAAAACUGUUGAAAAAGUAGAAACAAUCUUUCGAAUUUUACGUGCUGAAAGUCAUCAUGGUUUUCCAGUUGUUGAUCAUCAUGCUGAUGAAACAAAUAAUGAACGAGCUGGUACAUUUCAAGGAAUUAUUUUACGACAUCAACUUAUAACAAUAUUAAGAAAACGAAAUUUUAUUUCAUUAAAUGAUUCUCUUCGUGAUUAUUUAACAUUGGAUGAUUUUCGUGAAAGUUAUCCACGUCAUCCAUCAAUUGAGAGUGUUCAUUUAACUGAUGAAGAACGUGAACUUUAUUGUGAUUUACGACCAUAUAUGAAUUUAGCUUAUACUGUUUCACAUCAUUCAACACUACCUCGUAUAUUUUCUAUGUUUCGUGGUCUUGGUCUACGUCAUUUAGUUGUUGUUAAUGAUAAGAAUGAAGUUGUUGGAAUGAUAACACGAAAAGAUUUAGCUCGAUUUCGUAUGAUACAUAAAAAAGGUCAUACAUCUAUUGAAGAACUUGGUAUUUCGAAUUAA